UCCUUCAACCCUUUUACCCCCUUCUCCUCACCAGGUAACCCCUUCCCUCCAUCUAUCUCUAUCUCUAUCUCUCUCUCUCUCACACACACACACAUAAACGCACUCUUUCUCUCACUACAUGCAUGGAAGAUGAAUUAAAGAGUCCAUUGUACACAAUGCGAAUUAUCUGUACGUAAUCUGUAAUGAAAUAUGCUCUAUGUAAUCUGCGCGCUAAGUGUUCGAUGAAAUGCUUCAGAGAGAUGUGACUUUCAUUAUCGCGAUUGGUUGCUCGUUAACAUAAUUGAAUUCGAGUCGAGUAACAAAUAGAUCCGAAUCAUUCAUUACUUACAUCGUUGACCAUGAAGCGUGUGUUGUUCAACUACAUUCCAUCAUUGAGAUACUCAUCAGAUUCGUUACUACUGAAAACCGGAGACAAAUUGAAACAAACAAGAAUAUUUUCAAGUCAAGAUCUAGUUCAAUUUUCGAAGCUGAGUUUUGAUGCAAAUCCUCUUCAUCUCGAUUCUGAAUACGCAAAGAAGGCGGGAUAUACAGAUCGAAUAGUUCCUGGAAUUCUUGUUGCGUCUCUAUUCCCAACAAUCAUUGCUUCUCAUUUCGCUGGAGCAGUAUAUGCCUCACAGACAUUGCAUUUCAGAUUGCCUGUUUAUGUAGACGAUGAGAUUAUUGGUGAAGUUGAAGCUACUAACAUAAGAGAAAUGAAGAAGAAAUACGUUGCCAAAUUUGCAACCAGAUGUUUUAAUAAGAAUGGAGUUCUUGUUCUUGAUGGAGAGGCUAUGGCUGUGUUGCCAACAUUAUGUCCAGUGCAAACAUGAAUUUGGAUGGAUUGAAAGCCAUAAUGAAGUGUUGUUUGCUUUUUAUGUACGUGUAUUGCAUAACCCAACAUGGUAUGUGUAAUGAAAUCAAAUAAUGAAAAGAUCAAGUAAUUUAAACUUUUUUUUAUUUAAAUAUUUUUUGUUUGCUAUAAGAUUUGAAUUCUUUUUUUUAUUUUU